UCCCCAUCCUCCCGGAUGCUGCAUCCAUCCCCAUCCCGAGCUUUUCGCCCCAAAUCCGCCGCUCCGCGGGCGUUUUGGGAGCCGGUUCGGGCUGUUCCCCGAGGGAACGUGACCGUUUUGUUAAAAACAUCUUUGGUUCGCCCUUGACGGCUCUGCCCGGGCGGGAAAUGCUGUUAACACUGAAAGCCCCAUUAGGCAGCGGUGCUGCCUCGUUAACAAACACCUGGAGACCACAGAGCGGUCACAGCAGCUCAUUAAUGACAAGGACACAAAGCGAGCCCGUCCUGGGAUGCUCGGAGAUGCUUUAACCACCAGGAGAUGGGAUAACGCCGUGCUGAGUCUCACUUUAUACUCUCCAGCGCCCCUGAUGCCGUUUUGGGGUGGUUUUGGGGUUGUUUUUUGUUUUUUCUUUUUCAGCAUGGGCUUCCUACAUGACCAACUCCCCGACGCUGAUCGUGAUGAUCGGGCUGCCUGCCAGGGGCAAGACCUACAUGUCCAAAAAGCUCACCCGCUACCUCAACUGGAUCGGGGUGCCCACCAAAGUGUUUAAUUUAGGGGUGUAUCGGCGUGAGGCAGUGAAGUCCUACAAGUCCUACGACUUCUUCAGGCACGACAACAAAGAGGCCAUGGAAAUCCGCAAACGCUGUGCCCUGGUGGCUCUGGAAGAUGUGAAGUCUUAUCUCUUGGAGGAGUGUGGGCAAAUAGCUGUGUUCGAUGCGACCAACACGACUCGGGAACGCCGGGACCUGAUCUUGAACUUUGCUAAGGAAAAUGCUUUCAAGGUGUUUUUCGUGGAGUCUGUCUGUGAUGAUCCAGAGGUCAUCGCUGCCAACAUCCUGGAGGUGAAAGUUUCCAGCCCUGACUACCCAGAGAGGCACAGGGAGAACGUGAUGGACGAUUUCCUGAAGAGGAUUGAGUGCUACAAGGUCACCUACCAGCCCCUGGACCCGGAUGCUUAUGACAAAGAUCUCUCCUUCAUUAAAGUGAUCAACGUGGGCCAGAGGUUCCUGGUGAACCGAGUGCAGGAUUACAUCCAGAGUAAAAUUGUCUAUUACCUGAUGAACAUCCACGUGCAGCCGCGCACCAUCUACCUGUGCCGCCACGGCGAGAGCGAGUACAACCUCCUGGGCAGGAUUGGAGGGGACUCUGGGCUGUCACCCCGGGGCAAGCAGUUUUCCCAUGCUCUGAAGAAGUUCAUUGAGGAGCAGGAGAUCGUGGACCUGAAGGUGUGGACGAGCCAGCUGAAGAGGACAAUCCAGACUGCAGAGUGCCUGGGGGUGCUCUAUGAGCAGUGGAAGAUCCUCAACGAGAUUGAUGCU